AUGGGAGCCAGUUGUAAGGACCAAAAGAAAGCAUUGGCUAUUUGCUUGCAAAGAUCACCAUGUGUAUUAAUUGACAGAAACACACCUAAAGAAUGUCUUACUAAUCCUGAGUUGAGCAAAGAUCUUCCUGAGUUGUGUAAGGCCAACUUGAGAGCAUUCAUGGACUGCAAGAAUGGGUUCUUUGAUAUGCGGAAACGAAUGAAAGGUAAUGCGCCUUUGUCUACUGGGAAGUACGAUGAGAUCUAUGAUAACUUAUCGACUGGGAAUUUUGAUGCUCAUGAGGAGAUGCGGAAGUUGGAUGUUUUAAAUAGAAACUUGUCUAAACAGAAACAAGCACGUGAGGAACAAGAGAAGGCUCGUUUAAAGGGAGAGUUGUAG